AUGGCUUCUAUGAGGUCAACAGGCCUUGCUCAGGAUACUACAUCAAAUGAGUUAUAUAGGGACCAGCUUCGAGUAGGAGAAAAUAAUUCUCUAACAAAUAAUCUCGAUCAAAGUUUGUUCACAACAGCUGAUAGAAGAAAUUUAUCACACAGCAUAAUAACAGACAUAGUUGCUGAGGAUAACAUAGAGAUAAAUUCGAUGGUUAAUAUUCAUCAUAGCAUGAAAUCGAGAAAGAAGGCCAGGCUAAAGGAGACAUUGUCAACAAACAAUAGAAGUCAAUUAGUUAUGACCAAUGCCAAAGAAGGUGUGUCGGCAAAGAAAUGGAACACCAAUCAAAGGAAGGUGAAGGCAACUGAAGAUGAUGCUAAAAGCCACCAUUUUCGUGAGAACAUUAGAACUUACAAUAGCAUGUUUCAAUUCACAUCUAUGGGUGCAAAAAUUGAAAGAAAAUCAAAUGUCUAUUCUCAGGGGGAAAACAAUAACAUCCAACAAGAAAUUGUUAGGGAUCUAAAGACAAUGUUAGAUGAGCAUAAUGUUUUAGUCAAGGCAUUUCGUAUGGUUUAUGAGUCGUUUGCUUCUAAGUCCGUAUCAACAGUCAAGCUAAAGCUUUUGGGAAAAAGAGGGAAGGAUGGUAGACGUUAUAAUUUACCUUCAACUAAUGAGGUGGCAGGUUUGAUUGUUGGUGACUUUGACAUAGACAAAACUGAUCGGGACAUUGUGGUUGAAACACAAACUGGAAAGUUACAACGCAUCAAUCAACUUAAUCCUGCCUAUCUUGGUUUACAAUAUCCUUUAUUAUUUCCUUUUGGAGAAGAUGGCUACAAAGAGGAUAUAGCUCUCAAUAAGAUUAAUCGAACAAUGAAAAAGGAAGAUAAGAGGACAAAUUCAGAUGUGAAAUGUACAAAGGAAUUAAAGAUGUACUUAAUGGGGAAACAACACCAUCCUCUCGAGGCAAAUGUGUUAUUCUACCUUCGUCUUUUACUAGAGUAUCCAACCGGAGAAGACAUUGAUCGCAUUAUUUCUGCUGAAAUUCCGGACCGCAACAAAGACCUGGAAUAUUAUGAAGCUGUUGGGAAACACAUGAUGCACGGUCCAUGUGGUAGUCUUAAGAAAGAUUCUCCAUGCAUAAAAAAUGGUCAAUGUAUACGGCACUUUCCUAAAAGGUUUGUUGAUAACACAACAGUGGAUGAAGAUGGUUAUCCAGUUUAUAGGCAUAGAGAUGGUGGGAAGACGAUUAAGAAAUCCGGAAUUGAUCUUGACAAACGUUAUGUGGUUUUGCAUAACAGGAAUGACCGUGUAACAGCAUCAUUUUAUAGAAGUGUGUCAGGGGAUGCAGACAUGGAUGAAAUAGAUGAAGUUAGUAUGUACUAUGAUUGUAGGUAUAUAUCUCCAUGUGAAGCCACAUGGAGGAUAUUUGGAUACAAUAUUCAUUACAGAGAACCAUCUGUCGUGAGGUUAGGAUUUCACUUGUCAGAUGAGCAAAGUGUUAUAUUCCAAGACCAUGAAAACUUAGACGAUAUUGCUAGAAAGGCAUCUGUCAAGGAGUCUAUGUUUUUGGGAUGGUUUCAGGCAAUUAAAGAAUUUACAGAAGCUAGGCUACUAACAUAUGCAGAAUUGCCUACGAGAUUUGUUUGGAAGGCAGAAAAAAGGGUACCUACUUGCUAUGAGGAGAUUAGAACAGUUGACAGUGUGAUUUAUCCAACAUUUAAAGAUGCAUGCUAUGCACGAGGUCUCUUAGAUGAUGAUAGAGAAUAUAUUGAUGCAAUACAUGAAGCAAACCUGCACCUUAAUGAUGAAGACUUGAAAGAUUUAACUCUAAUAGAUAUUAAGAAGAAAUUGAGGAGUUAUAAUAGGAGUCUUCGUGAUUUUCCAUCUAUGCCAUUUCCUGAUAGGCAAACUAUUUCUUAUCACUUGAUGUCAAGCGGGAUGAAUCGGUUAAUUUCUGAUAAGCUCCGCUAUAAUAAAUGUGCAUUAGCAGAUCAACAUAGUUGCUAUCUUGAACUGCUUACCAUGAACAUGCAGUCUAUGAAACAGUUAUGCAUGCUGUGGAAGGACAGCUUAUUCACAGUUUUCCGUACCACCAACUUUUCCACUUGCAACAUAAAACAAGGUAGUCAAUUGGCAGAAUUGAUUAUUAGAACUAAGCUCAUAAUAUGGGAUGAAGCUCCUAUAGUUAAUAAGCACUGUAUAGAAGCUCUUGAUAGAACAAUGCGAGAUAUUUUGAGAUUUAAGAAUGUUAACAGUGAUGAUCAGCCAUUUGGAGGAAAGAUAAUUGUUUUUGGAGGCAACUUUAGACAGAUAUUGCCCGUCAUCCCUAAAGAAAGCAGACAGGAAAUUGUGAAUGCAACUAACAAUUCAUCCUACAUUUAG